CUAGUUUGUCCUACGCGUGUCAGGAUAAACUAGUUUAGCCUAGGACAAUCUAGUUUGGCCUAAAUACUUUAGGCUAAACUAGUUUGUCCUAGGCCAAACUGAUUUAUUCGUUGCAAGUGAUAAAAUAAACACUUAACGCGGGGAUUCCCCUCGCGUCCCUUUCUAUCGAGCUUUCGUUGUCUACGCUGCAUUUUUACAAAAUGGCUACUUUAUCUGGGUCGUUGGUAACUAGUAAUGUAAAAUUAAUCAUAUAUUUCUGUCCGAUAUAGUGAUAUAUAUCAUAAAAACAGCACAUCUCUGAACCUUAAAAGUACAAUUCCAGAAGAUUUUAAUGCAAACACAAACGUUUUCGAUCUACACAGGAGAUUUUCCUCAGGUUACAGCGUUCUCAAAUGGAAUGCGGUAAUGAAACAUUCUUAAGAUUAUUUGAAAAACGUAUAAACGAGAAUUAAAAAAAAAAUUUAAAUAUGAACUAUGUGAUAUAUGCUGCUAAUAGCUGAUAAUCGAGAAAUUUUAUAGAAGGGGAACAAUUAUUGCCUGCGGGACACGUCAUUAUGUGGUAUCGAAACAAAUGAGCGAGAUCAUUCUAUACAUAUUUGUGACCUUUAUGUUAUAAAACAUCAGCCCACAAAAUUACUGGCAUUUUAAACUUUAAGGAAAAAUUCUUUAAAUUGAUAGUAUAACUUCUUCAUGUAAAGUUGGACAAUGGGGAAACUUUUGCCAAUUCUUAAGUCUAAUCCACUCUUUCAGAAUUCGGAGAAGCUAAUAAAUAUAACUGACCGAUUUUCGAAUAAUCAUGUUUUUCAUGUGGGAAUAGACGAAAACUUAUAUUGGGCUCCCGUAUGACUUCGAAAUUUCAAUUUGGAACUCAACAGAAGGCUUCUCUAUUGCUAUUCAUCUUUACUGCUAAUACACAAAAAUGAUUCAAAUGACCCAGAUAAAAUAGUUUUAUUUUUAAACACCAGAGGGCGAGCAUUUGGUGAAAAAUGCGAACUCACGCACAAUCGUGUUGUGACUUGUGUACCUAAGUGCAAUUUGCGAAGCUAUAUUAAUUUGAUUUUUUGAACGUACUAGUUUAAAGUUUUGUGCUGUUUUUCAUAUUGUUGUUAUGGAUGAGCCAUCGUCUAGUGUUAAAGUUGAUCAGUUAAAAUGGAUAGAGCGGUUUUUAAAAGAAAUUUUGCACAAUGAAAAUAUAAAAUCAUCUCAUUUUAAUUUUUUAACAAAAGAUAAAUAUUUAGAUCUACACAGGAGAUUUCUACAAGUGGAAGAGGCUGAAAAAGCUCAAAUUAAGACACCACUUCAUCAAAGGCGAUUAAACAGAUUUGCAAUUUUAAACAUUGGUUUUGUUAAAAAACUUGUCACCCGUAGUGUAGAGAACAUAAAAUACUUUAUUCCCGCUGAGGAAUUGUAUGAUGUUAUUGAUGCAGCUCACAGAGCUAUUGGACACGGCGGACGUAACAGAUUAUUGGCUGAGACAUCUUUAAAAUAUGCUAAUAUCACAAAACAGAUGAUUAACCUAUAUUUAUCUAUGUGUGUAACAUGUCAAGAAAAGAAGACAAAAAAAAAGAGGCUUAGUUUCUAAGCCAAUUUUACAUUCUGAAAUGAACAGUAGGUGCCAAGUGGAUCUCAUUGAUUUUCAGACUCAACCUGAUGGAAAGUUUAAAUUUAUCAUGGUCUACCAAGACCACUUGGCCAAGUUUAUUUUGCUUCGUGCUUUGGAAUCUAAACGAGCUGAAGAAGUAGCCUACCAUUUGAAUGAUAUAUUUUUGACAAUAGGUGUCCCGUGUAUUUUGCAGUCAGACAAUGGAAGAGAAUUCGUCAAUCGUAUUAUAUGUGAAAUGACGAGUCUUUGGCCAGAACUUAAGCUAGUGCAUGGAAAACCACGGCACAGCCAAAGUCAGGGCUCUGUCGAGAGAGCCAACCAAGACGUCGAGAACAUGAUCAGUUGUUGGCUAAAAGAUAAUCACUCGACUAAAUGGUCAGAAGGAUUGAGAUAUGUACAAUUUAUGAAAAAUAGGGCCUAUCAUUCGGGCAUAAAACAAUCGCCUUACAAAGCUAUGUUUGGAGUUGAACCCAGAGUUGGUCUUUCAACGACAUCACUACCACCAGAAAUAAUAAAGGAUAUUCAAGAUGAAGAUGACGUUCAAAAACUUAUUGAAACUGAUUUAACCCAUAGACAUACAAAUGAUCACAAUAAUUCAGGAGAUGAUAGUGAUUGUAAUGAUAUCGAAACUUCUAAAAUUGGUGAUGAUAUCCAAAAGGCAAGACAAACAGCUGCUGAAAACCUUCAGAAACAGGCAAAAAAAAUGAAAUCUGCUUCUGACAAAUCGCAUCCACCAGCUAAAGUGGGAGAUAAUGUGACUGUGCCGACUCCUGAUGUAGACAGAGGAAGGGGCGACCUAAGAAAUGUUAUUGGCGUUGUUCUUGAAAUAAACAAUGAUGGCCUGUACAAAAUUGGAACUAAGCAUGGAAUAUUGCAGACACUCUAUUGCAGAACUGAAUUCGACAUUUGUACUCAAAAAUUUCUACAAGAAAGUGAUGUUAAUCAAGAUGUUCAAAUCUCACUAAAGACUGCAGCUACCAAACAUUCAGUUGGGACAGGACAAGAUUUUAUACGGUGCACCUGUACCAAAAGUUGUGCUACAAAUACGUGCCAGUGUAAAAAAAAAUGAUUGUCUGUAAUUCGAAAUGCCACAACAGUACACCCUGUAAAAAUAAAUAAAAUAUUUAAUCUUUUAUUUAUGUUACACUGAGAAGCACUUGAAUAAAUAUUGUUCAUCUAAUUGAUUUCCUUUUAAUUUUAUUUUAACCAUUAAUAUACUU